CUGAUAUUUCUUCCACUCUCCCCUCUCCCACCAUCCCCAGCAUCACCGCUCUCGCUCUUCUGACCAGAUAUUGUCCGUGAUGGGCGCUGCUAUCGGCGCCGACUUGUUCCCGCUCCACACGAGCCGCAACGUCAACUUCCGCCUGUGUGACUACACUCCCGACACUGCUGCCCCGAAGAGUGAGAACGGCUGUGGCGCCCAUCGUGACUACGGCACCUUCAGCAUCAUCUUCCAGGACGGCACCUCCGGUCUGGAGAUCGAGAGCGCGUACGAGCCCGGCGAAUGGCUUCCCGUCCCAGCCGAUAAGGUUGUCGUGCUCUGCGGCUGGUGUGCGUACAUUGUUAGCGAUGGCGAGCUACGAGCUGUCCGAAAUCGGGUCCGUCGUCAGCCUGGAGUGAGAAGGCUGAGCGCCGUUUUGUUCGUGGCUCCAGACCUGGAUGUGACCCUGAAGCCCAUCGUCUCGGUAGAGCGCGCUUUGGGAAAGCCUGCCGCCCUCUUUUCGUCCGAGAUCAUGGAGGGCAAGAUCAACGUAGGCUGGUUCAAGGAGUUUAUGGGUAAGAGGUGGCGUUGGCGUGAGGGAAACGCUCAGCUUGAGGAUAGCGAGGACCCCACCCAGGACGAGGAUAUCGAACGCCUAAUCCUAGGCUAGCUGAUUAGACACUCCUUUAGAGAAAAUGGUUGAUGGAAUGGCGAGAAUCGAAUGGAUUGCAUGGCGUAUCCAUCUGCCCGUUUUAUCAGGUAGAGAUAAGCAGAGCCAUGAUACCUAAUGUUGAGGCUACCAGGCGACUGGUGAGAGGAUCGAUGGGCACUCAGGUGGCCUGCUACAACGGCCGAAAUCGCGUCAAGUGUCAUGUCCCUCUACUCGUGAAGACCGCAGAUCACAUCACCCCCAUGUCUUAUUCUAAGUACCUAGGUAUUAUCUAAGUCUACUUGAGCUACCCCGGAUCGAAAGUCUAGCUGACUGCCAGGUAACGCUGUUAGGAAUCAAACCUAUCCUCCAUUAAAUAACCCAUGGAUCUGUAGGAGGUAGGUAGGUAGGUAGGUUAGGUAGUUCAGGCUCCUGAUGGAGGUUGUCUAAGCUCCC